AUGUCUUCUAAUCCCUCCCAUACACUGAGCUUCCAUGAUUUGAAAAGACACAACAACGACCGCGAUUGCUGGAUUGCCGUGCAUUCCAAAAUAUACGAUAUCACGAACUACCUAGACUCUCACCCAGGCGGCUCUUCGAUCAUACUCAGAUAUGCUGGAAGCGACGCAACCGCAGCUUACGAUGAGAUCCACGCUCCGGGCAUCAUAGAGGAAGCUCUACCGCCCGAGUGUUACAAAGGACUCCUGGAUCAGGCCGAGGUGGUCAAUCUGCCUCCGGAACAAAAGGAAGAUAUGGAGACCAUCGAAAAGACAACAGGACAAUCUACCUCGACGGAGACUUAUACGAAGCCCGAACUUUUCAAACUCAUCUCCACACAAGACUUCGUGGACGUAGCCCGCAAUACUUUGACACCGAAAGCAUGGGCCUUCUACUCCUCCGCAGCUACCGAUCUGGUCACGCACCAUUGGAACUCGGACGUAUACAGAAGAAUCAUGCUACGCCCUCGAGUGAUGCGGAAUGUGGCAAAAGCCGAAACGCGGCGCUCAAUCCUAGGCUGCCCCAGCUCGGCGCCUUUCUUCAUCAGUCCGGCAGCCAUGGCUCGGCUUGCCCAUCCCGACGGUGAACUUGCCUUGGCCAGGGGUUGUGCAAGUGAAGGCCUCAUCCAAGUGAUAUCAAACAACGCAUCCUACCCCCUCGCCUCCGUCAUCCAAGCAGGCUGCACCAACCAGCCCUUCUUCUUCCAACUCUACGUCAACGCCGACCGCGCCAAAACCACGCAACUGCUGCGCAAAGCCCGCGAGCUGGGCGUGAAGGCCAUCUUCGUCACCGUCGACGCCCACGUGCCGGGGAAGCGCGAGGCGGACGAGCGCAUCGCGGCCGAGAACGUAUCCUCGGCCAUCAGCGGCGCCGUGGCUUCCAACGACCGGAAAGGCGGCGGGAUGGGGAGGCUCAUGGGGCAGUACAUCGAUAAGACGCUGAGCUGGGACGACAUCCCCUGGAUCCAGCAGACGUCGCGGCUGCCGGUUGUCGUCAAGGGGAUCCAGAGCGCCGCGGACGCGAAGAGAGCGGUCGAGUACGGCGUCCAGGGCAUCGUGCUCUCGAACCACGGCGGCCGCUCCCUCGACACGGCACAACCGUCCAUGCUUACAUUGCUGGAGUUGCACCGCAUCUGCCCCGAGAUCUUCCACCGGUGUGAAGUCUACGUCGACGGUGGAAUCACGCGGGGUACUGACAUAUUGAAAGCGCUCGCGCUCGGGGCAACGGCCGUGGGGAUCGGUCGGCCGUUUCUGUACAGUUUGUGCUACGGGCAAGAGGGCGUGGAGCAUCUGAGUCAGAUAUUGAAGGAUGAGUUGGAGACGAGCAUGCGAUUGGCCGGGAUUACGGACGUCGGACAGGCGGGGCCGGGGCUGGUGAAUACACGGGAUGUGGAUUAUUUGGUGCCGGGUAGUGAGGAGCACGAUUGGAUUAGGUGGAGGCCGAAGGCGAAGAUGUAG